GGAUGUUAAGAAACGCUUGAAUACCUGCCUGCAUAAAUAGGAGGUGCUCGCCAAGUAGUGGUGUACUUGCAGUUGUUUGAUAAGAGCAAUGGAUUUCAGCCAAGUGGGGUUUGGUAUACAGCUCCUGUUAUUGGCAGUUGGGUUGUCAGCAGCACAACGGCCAGGAUUGAUCAAUGUUCCUGCUGGGCUUCAACCUAACAAGCCAAGUCAUCCUUCACUGCAAGUGAGUGCUGGGUUGCCUUCUCAGUGGACACAAAGUGGUCCCCAGAGUGGAAGUCCUGCAGUAGCCCCACUUGGAUUGCACUUUCAAAAUCCUUCAGAUGCUCAAGACCAGCAAGUAAUGCAGAGGCCAGUGAAGAAACUGACUUGGCGUUAUCCAGCAGCACCACAAAUCCCAACCCCACCAGCACCAGUGAACUUCAUGAGACGGUCUAAUGAUGUUCCUACCCAGAGUGUAACAGCAAGGUGCAAUGAGACUGCAGUGUAUGUAGAGGUGAGAAAAGACCUGUUUGGUACUAGUGCACCCCUCAAUAUUGCAGCUCUCACACUGGGAGGCUGUGCUGCCAAAGGGGUGGAUGUUUCUUCUCAAGUCCUUGUGUAUGACUCCCCACUGCAUGGCUGCAACAGCAAGUUGACUGUGACCGCAAAUGAGCUGGUCUAUAUCUUCACCCUUGGUAUUGCUUCAGCACCUAUAAGUAGUGCUCCCAUUCUAAGAAGUCCUGGUGCUCUGGCUUUUGUUGAGUGUCACUAUAGGAGAUUCCACAAUGUGAGUAGCAGUGCUCUCCUGCCUGCUUGGAUUCCAUAUGCUUCUGCCCAAGGUGCUGAGGAACGUCUCCUCUUCUUCCUGAGGCUCAUGACUGAUGACUGGAUAUUUGAAAGACCUUCGGACUACGUCUUCCAGCUGGGUGAGCUUAUAAAUAUUGAGGCAUCGGUGGUGCAGUUCAACCAUGUGCCCCUGCGUGUCUUUGUAGACAGCUGUGUGGCCACUGCUGUCCCUGAUGUAAAUGCACUCCCCAGAUAUUCCUUCAUUGAGAACCAUGGAUGCCUGAUUGAUGCCAAGCUUGCACAUUCCAGUUCCCGCUUCAUGCCCCAAACUCAGGCGGCUAAACUGGGGAUUCAGCUGGAGGCAUUCAAGUUUCAGCAUGUGAACAGUAGCUGGUUCUAUAUUGCAUGCAUCUUGAAGGCAACAGCAGCAUCUGCCCCUGCUGAUGCUGAGCACAAGGCUUGUUCCUUCUCAGGCAACAGGUAUGUUGCUAUGACCGUGGCAGUGUUGGUUCAGUGCAGCUGAGCUGUGACCACUAACACACUACUGUUUCUUCCUAGAUGGACUGCUGCAUAUGGUGUUGACCAGGUAUGCAGUUGUUGUAGCAGCAGUUGUGGUUCAAGGAAGGGUCGUGAUCUCCCAUCAGAGCAAGGUAUUUGGGAGAACCAUGUUGGUGUUCAUGUAACUUGUCUUUGCACUCUAUGACCUGAACUGCCAUUACACAACCUAUGAUUCUGUUGGUGUUGUAGCUUUGUAACCUCUUCAUGUACUCUACCUUUAUCUGCAGGCUUGCAUCUGGAGAGAGAAGUGAGCCUUGGCCCAAUCAUGGU